AAGGUCGCGAGUUCGAUUCCAGGUGGGGUGAAGUAUGCCAGCCACACACACUACACACGCUUCUUCGUCUCUUUUCUAGAUCGUUCUCGUCAUGGCGCUCGAGCAGCCAUCCCUCACAUCGCUCUCUCAGGUUCUUCCUCGCAAAUCUCACAGCACUUGUACCUCCAUUAGAUUGCGAGGCACCGAUCGAUGGGCUCUCAAGAGCAGCUUCUUCAAUGCUGGUUCUCGAUUAGCUCCAGCUCAAACCAUGGCAGCGUCCAGGAUUUCAAUGCGAGUUGCCACGAACAAGGCGUAUAUCUGCUCAGAUUGCGGGUACAUCUAUAACGAUCGAACGCCAUUCUCAAAGCUUCCAAACGACUACUCCUGUCCAGUCUGUCUUGCUCCAAAGAGACGCUUCAAACCAUACGGCGAACCUGUUGCACGUAAUGCAAACAGCACCGACGUGCGCAAAGCUCGAAAGGAGCAACUCAAAAAAGCAAAUUCCAACCUCGGAUCUGCGCUUCCAGUUGCCAUUGCUGUCGGCCUUGCGAUACUGGCUGGAACGUAUUUCUACCUGAACAUUCAAUACUAGAAGUCAGUCGGCCAAAACGAACAAAAGAAGGAAAACGAACUACAUACCACAGAUUGUUCUGUCCAAAUAUGAAGCUGGUGUUUUGAGCAGACGGUGAAAUGCGAGAAUGCAAUGCAGGACAAACAAACGUAGAAAACCUUGUACUGUUAUUGCGCCAAAAUUUUCGUCUACCAAAAAAGUUUCACGGCGUCAAAUAAAAAGAAUUUGCUCGAUUUCCAUAUUAGGCCGCCUUCAUGUCAUCGAGGCCAACGCUUUUC